UUUUCGGAAACAUUCGGCAAUCAACAAAGUGACAAGAUGGCGACGCCGGAGUUGGUGCAGUGGUGCUGCAAAGAACUUUCUAAACUCCUACAGAUAGAGGCGUCCGAGGACAUUGCCAGCUACAUGUUGUCCAUGGAGAGCAGCCGUGACCUGGAGGAUUACCUGUUAGAGCUGCUGGAUGGAUCCGACCCCAAGAACAGGAAGUUUCUUGACGAGUUGUUGAAGAGGUGGAAACCUGCUGUCAAACAACCAGAGGUUCCAGAAAAUGUCACAGUCUAUAAGAAGUCCUCAGGUGCAGACGAGCAGUUUGGUCUUCAGGAGAAGAAGAAAAAGAAGACAAAGGGAAAACAGAAGUCCACACAGAUGACAGGAGUGUCUGUCGGUACUGGUGGGGAUGAAGAGGAGGAAGAAAACCUCCCUCCCACCAGCGGACCCCAGUCCCAGAAGCCCAGCAGUGGGAAGACCAAGUGGAAGAGUCUAUAUGGAGAGGACGGGGAGGACCAUCUGACGGCAGUGAUGUUACCUGGGAGACAUCCCUGCGAGUGUCUGGGACAGAAACACAGACUCGUCAACAACUGUCUGACCUGUGGCAGGAUCGUGUGUGAACAGGAAGGCUCAGGGCCUUGUCUCUUCUGUGGAGCUUUGGUUUGCACCAAGGAAGAGAAAGAAGUUCUUGCUAGGAAUUCCAACAAGAGCGAGCGAUUACGGAGAAAGUUGCUAGGUGGCCUCGAUGAGCAGGGAGGGCGGAGACUACUGCCUCAUGAGGAGGCCCGCCUGUUGGAGGGAAAGGAGAAAGCAGAGGCUCAUAAGAACAAGCUGCUGGAGUAUGAUAGGACAAGUGCCAAACGAACACAGGUUCUUGAUGAUGAGGCUGACUACUUCAGCGUGGAGAACCAGUGGUUGUCCAAGGAAGAGCGAGAAGCGCUGAAAAAGCGGGAAGACGAGCUUCGCGACCAGCGGUUUGGUUCACGUUUGAACAGGAAAGUCACGCUGGACUUUGCUGGACGAAGGGUUAUCGAGGAUGACUCGGUUGUUGACGUGUACAACAGGCAGGACGAGGUUGUACAGAGAACUAACUUUGGGGUGAACAGGAAAGGAAAGGGUGGUGGAACACAGGAGGGGCACAGUGGCAUUGUCAACCCUAACAUCAGAAUACAACCUCCAAAGUUUGUACCAGCAGCUGAAUCAGCAGGGAAGAGACCCCCUGCCCCGCUGGGUGUGCAGGCUGAGGACAGGGAGAAACACAGAACCAACAUGAGGAUCCAGGACAGGGAGCUGCAGGAGAUGAGAGAUGACGGCAUGUGUCUCAGUAUGCACCAGCCAUGGGCUUCACUACUGGUCCUCGGGAUCAAAAAACAUGAAGGACGAACCUGGUACUCCCCACACCGCGGCAGACUGUGGAUAGCAGCGGCCAGUAAACAGCCGUCCCAGGAGGAGGUGGCCGAGGUGGAGAACGCUCAUCGUAUCAUCGCAAACGAACCUGAUCUCCAGUUCCCUAAGGACUACCCCGUGGCAUGUCUGUUGGGGUGUGUGGAUGUGGCUGAUGUGUUACCUCAGGAGGAGUACAGGGAACAGUACCCAGAUGGGGAGUCAGGCUCAGACUUUGUGUUUAUCUGUGAGAACUUCCAGGACCUCAUCAUCAAGUUUCCCAUCAAGGGCAAGCACAAAAUCUGGAGGCUGGACCCCACCACUCACAAGGCAGCCAAGAAGGGGCUGAGGCCGGUCAGCAGGAAGGGCUUCUAAAACUGCCAUCAUGGGCCACCUGCCUCUUGUCAACAUGGACAUGGUCACAGUUACACAGUAAUCCACAGAAGCUAUGUGGAAGAUACUGCAUGCAUUCCCACACUGUGCUUCAUCACAUUGUGUUUGCGUAUUUGUUGCUGAAAGGAAUUCGAAGUGCAGCCAAGAAACUAUGGCAUACUCCACCUUAAUGUGAGUUCUAGAAAUUCAAACCGUUUGAAAUGCAGUUAUAACCUGAGGCCACACAUCUGCUCACGUUCCUCAGUUGAAUUAAGGUUUAAUAAAUGCAUGAUUCGUAAGGAAGGAUACGAUAGGUUAUUUAAAAAUGAAUAACUGAACACACGAAACGAACAAGACUGAUAAUGAAACUACACAGCUCUGGUGGUCCAGAAAGUAACAGUAGAGCUGCGAAAGUUACGUUGAUCCCUCUACCUUAGAGUUGAUGGUUAGAAGCGCUACGGUUCAAUACUAAAAGAAUCUUCUCGGGAAAGUCGAAGAAGGGCAGAUCGAUAAGAUGAAUCUGUGAGACGGAGGUGCCACCUCGUGGAGACUAACGCCUCGCAGACGGGCACGGAAAAUAUGUUGAUCAUAUCUGAUGUAACAAUGGCUAAGGUCAAUAUUAAAGAUAUUGAUGCAUA